AUGGCAAGAAAGAGGCGAAAGCGCCUGGGCUUCUCCAUCCUGUUGCUCGGAUCUGGCGUGAUCUUCACAGCAUUGGCGGCAUUCUUCUUCCUUUCCGCCACUCCAGCAAGUAAGCGCCUAGAUCUUGCAGGAGAAACAGGGGUUUGCCAACGAGAUAGGUACCCGCAAUCGAUCGAUCUUCGCCCCGAUCAGCUUACAGUGCUCAUGAAUGGCUUCUCCGAGGCCAGAAUCCACAUCCUGGAGCAGCACGCACAGGCGUACUCCGCCUCGCCUGUGGUGGACGCCGUCUACAUUCUUUGGGGCAACACGUCCACGCCAGACCAGGUGCUGCUCAACGCCAAUCUCGAGAGCUUGGGUGCGCCGAUUUACGUCGUCCGCCAGCCUUCCUCCAGCCUCAACAAUAGAUUUCUUCCAAGGAAGGAGAUUUCCACGCAGGCGGUCUUGGUUUGUGACGAUGAUAUCAGCGUGGAUCUAUCCAGCCUCAAGUUCGCUUUCCAAGUGUGGUCCGAGAAUCAAGACAGGAUAGUGGGCCUCUUCCCGCGGUCUCACUCUUUCCAGCUGGGUACAAAGUCAUGGAUCUACACCAAGAGCUCAAUCCGGUACUCGAUACUCCUGACGAAGUUCAUGAUCUUGGCGACCGAGAACCUUUACUUGUACUCUUGCUCCAUGCCGGCUGGUGUCAAGGAGUACGUGGAUGAUGCUAUCAACUGCGAAGACAUCGCUAUGAACUUCCUGGUUUCAAGCCGUAGCAAGAAGGGUCCGCUGCUGGUGGAGGGCAGUCCCAGGGACUGGGGCGAUCCCAGGAACUCAAACUUGGGAUUGGUUAGCGAGGCUUUGAGUGCCAGGAGCGGCCAUAGAAAGGAUAGGGGCGAAUGCAUCACUGCCUUCCAUCGGCUGUGGGAUGGAAUGGAGCUAAGGUACAGCUAUCUCAAGGCGGUGUCCGACGUGCGAGAACGAGCAAUGUGUGACCAGGCGGGGACAUUGAUGGAGUGUGACCGGGUCGGGGUGGAAGUUACGUAGAUCGUGUGGCACUCAAAACGCUCCUCGUCUGGAACAAGCCAAUACACGUGGUCGAGUUUCAAGCUCGUCCUGUUUCCGCCACAGACGUGCACUGUGAAGCAGGUUGACAGAGCUGGAAAAAGUGAGUCGACGUUCCGAGAAAGCAAGAACGAGACGAGCAGCAAAGAAAAUUAGUGCCGCAGAAUCCAAGCUAAAAGCAAUUGAUCCCCCAGGAAAGGAGCUUAUGAAAUCUGGACGACAACCAUAUCAGUCCCGUGGCUACUGCUUUUCCGAGGGUCGAGAACCUCCAUGAAAAACUCACCUUCUAAUUCUUGGUAACCACACGAGCGAGGUUCCCGAGCAAUGUAAACCUCUAGAAAAUCUAGGCAUAUUUCCGAGAGCUUUAUCUCGUGGAUUC